GUUUACCAUUCUCCUUCUACUUACAAAAGGAUCCUAAAAACGGACUGAAUCCCUAGACUAAUCGCGCUAUCAUCGAGAAGAAAAUGGCAGAACCAAACAAAGAUCGUCCCAUUGUAUAUUUCGACAUCGCAUAUGGCGAGAGCGGGAAGGAGAGGAACGUUGGGAGGAUAAUUAUGCAGUUGUAUGAUGACCUUGUACCAAAGACUGCUGAGAACUUCCGAUGCCUCUGCACUGGUGAGAAAGGUACGGGAACGUCUGGAAAGCCGUUAUCGUAUAAAGGGAGUAGGUUCCAUCGGGUCAUCAAGGGGUUCAUGAUCCAAGGUGGCGACUUCACAGCAGGGAAUGGCACAGGUGGAGAGUCGAUAUAUGGAGAGAAAUUUGAGGAUGAAGGCUUCCCUGUGAAGCAUACGAAGCCGUUCCUUCUUUCAAUGGCAAAUGCGGGUCCAAACACGAAUGGCUCGCAAUUCUUCAUCACGGCGGGCCCGACGCCCCAUCUAGACGAGAAGCACGUUGUGUUUGGUGAAGUGCUUAAGGGAAAGUCUGUAGUGCGUAGGAUAGAGAACCAUCCGACGGCUGAUGGCGACGCCCCGACUGUACCGUUCACUAUUUCCGACUGUGGCGUCCUCCAGCCAGAUGACCCGUCUUUGACUGAGUCGAAUACUGAAGACCCGUAUGAGGAUUACCCAAAGGAUGACGAACACGACACGGAUAAACCAGAAGUCGCGCUUGAAAUCGCGACGAAUUUGAAAGCCCUCGGAAAUACGAAGUUCAAGGCAGGUAAUAUCGAGGAAGCUUUGGAGAAGUGGCAAAAGGCUAUCAGGUAUCUAGACGAGAACCCAGAGUUCCCUGAUGACACACCCGAAACGACGAUAAAAGCUUAUGCGGAGCUUCUCGGUUCACUUCUCCUAAACGCUGCACUUGCGGCUCAUAAAACGGGAGGGUCUGAUAAGCAGCAUGAAGCGAUCGAAAUGACUUCACGAGCAAUUGAUGAUGAUCUACCGUUGUCGGACGCUGAGAAAGCGAAGGCGUUUUACCGACGCGCAAUAGCACGUGUGGCAGUGCACGAAGAGGAGGAAGCAGAGGUCGAUUUGAAAGCUGCGUUGGCGCUCGUACCAGGAGACGAGGCUUGUCAGCGCGAGUUGGCGCGCGUACAGGCUGUGAAGAAAGCGAGGAGGGAGAAGGAAAAGAAGGCGUUCAAGGGGUUGUUCUCAUAGAUAACCCGACGUUGUGGACCAAAGAGAUACCGAAUGUGUGAAAGAGAUUCAGAUGAUCUAGUAGAUGGGAGUAAGGCCGAUUAUUGUUGUAUUAGAGAUAAAAGAUUCUUGCAACGCC